ACAACAACACCGUCUCCCACUUUUUUUUGCCAGACGGUGAUGACGAUCCGGCGGGGCUGUCCUGGGUGCCGUCCUCGCCUUCCAGUAAAGACGUGGCCUCGCCUUCGCAGAUGCCCGACGGCUGCUGCGAUCUGGGCACGGCGACGGGCGGCGAGGAGGAAGGGGGCGCCGGUCUGCCGUACCCGUGUCAGUUCUGCGACAAGUCCUUCAGCCGGCUGAGCUACCUGAAGCGUCACGAGCAGAUACACAGCGACAAGCUGCCUUUCAAGUGCACCUUUUGCAGCCGCCUCUUUAAGCACAAGAGGAGCAGAGACCGCCAUGUCAAACUCCACACAGGGGAUAAGAAGUACAGUUGUCAGGAGUGUGAAGCUGCAUUUUCUCGCUCAGAUCAUCUAAAGAUCCAUCUCAAGACACACAGCUCCAGCAAACCGUUUAAGUGCAGCGUGUGCAAACGAGGAUUCUCCUCCACUUCAUCGCUGCAGAGCCACAUGCAGGCUCACCGAAAGAACCGAGAGCACCUUGCACUGAGGAGCGAAAAAGAUGGCGGGAAGAAGGACGCUGGAGGCGAGGUUGACCUGGAACAGGACUUGUACAUGUGCGAUUACUGCGAGGAGACCUUCAGCCAGACCGACGAGCUGGAGAAACACGUCCUGACCAGACACCCUCAACUGUCCGACCGCGCCGACUUGCAGUGCAUCCACUGUCCUGAGAUCUUUCUGGACGAGGGCUCGCUCGUCACUCAUAUUGAAACGCAGCAUGCCAACCGCAAACACAAAUGUCCUGUUUGUUCAGAACAAUUCCCCUCUGUUGAGGAUGUCUACUGCCACCUUGACAGCCACCGCCAACCUGACUCCUCCAAUCACAGUGCUGCCAGCCCUGACCCUGCACUGGGGAGCGUUGCUUCAAUGAGUUCAGCUACUCCAGACUCCAGUGCCAGCCUGGAGAGAGGAUCCACGCCUGACUCAACCCUCAAGCCCAGCCAGGGCAGCGAACGAGGCCGCAGAAGAGGAAACGACAGCGGGGAGGAAAUCGGGAUAAGCUUGGGACAUCCGGGUGGAGGUGAUUUGCACCACACACAUUCCAGUGGAGGAGGAAGCUGGGGUAAAGUGACAUACUCUUGCCCGUACUGCUCGAAGAGAGAUUUCAAUAGCUUGGCUGUGCUGGAGAUCCAUUUAAAGACCAUCCAUGCUGAUAAGCCACAGCAGAGCCAUACAUGUCAACUCUGCCUGGACACACUACCCACGCUCUACAAUCUCAACGAACACGUGCGCAAAGCUCACCGUGCCAGCGGAGGAGCCGCGAGCCCGGCAGCGGCGGCCUUUCCGCUCCUGCAGUUCACUAAUGUGACAGCGUUCCACUGUAACUACUGUCCAGACAUGUUUGGGGACAUCAACUCUCUGCAAGAACACAUCCGAGUGUCCCACUGUCUGCCUGGUGGGAUUAUGGCGGGCUCCACCACAUUAGAAGGGAACCAUGCCUUCUUCUGCAACCAGUGUUCCAUGGGAUUUCUGACGGAGUCUUCGUUGACGGAACAUAUUCAACAGACGCACUGCACAUCGGCUGUGGGGGGCAGGGCUGCGUCCGGUGGAGCGGUGGCCAAACUGGAGUCCCCGGUGCUGCAGUCCGCAUCCCAAUCUUUCAUGGAGGUUUACUCCUGUCCGUACUGCACCAACUCGCCUAUAUUCGGCUCACUCCUCAAGCUCACCAAGCACAUCAAGGAGAACCACAAGAACAUUCCGUUGGCGAACAACAAAAGACAAGCGAAGGUGGCAGACCUAAGCCCCGCCUCCUCCGACGUAGAGAUCUCCUCCCCGAAACGCCACAGACUGGGAGGCGACUCCACCCCCUCCAUAGGCAGCAACGGGGACUACCCUUGCAACCAGUGCGAUCUGCGGUUUUCCAGCUUUGAGGGUUUCCAGGCGCACCUGAAGUCGCACCUGGAGAUGCUGCUGAGGCGCCAGUCGUGCCCGCAGUGUAACAAGGAGGACUUUGAAUCCCAGGAGGCAUUGCUGCAACACUUGACUGUGCACUACACCACCACGUCCACUCAGUACGUGUGUGAGAGCUGCGAUAAGCAGUUCUCCUCGGUGGACGACCUGCAGAAACACCUGCUGGACAUGCACACGUUUGUCCUCUACCACUGCACACUCUGCCAGGAAGUCUUUGACUCCAAGGUCUCCAUCCAGGUCCAUUUAGCAGUGAAACACAGCAAUGAGAAGAAGCUGUUUCGUUGCACAGCCUGUGCCUGGGACUUCAGGAAGGAAACAGAACUUCAGCUCCAUGUUAAGCAUAACCACCUGGGUCAGAGGGCAGGCUUCCCUGGAGGGCUUGGAGCAGUUCUUUGUCUGGCAGGUCUCAAGCCCAGGAAGUGCAUCUUCUGCGGAGAGACGUUUGGAACGGAGGUGGAGCUCCAAUGUCACAUCACCACUCACAGCAAGAAGUUCACAUGUCGCUUCUGUGGCAAAACCUUCCAUGCCAUCUCGCAGCUGGAGAGACACCUCAGGGAGAAGCACUGCAUCUUCGACGGGGGCAACGUCACCGGCAACGGCGGCGGCACGGGGAGCAGCAGUAGCCAGAACGGCACACCCAACGGCCUGACGCAGUCGUCCAAACGAGGAGGGAGCGGCGGCGUAGGUGCAAACGCCACAGAGAGAACAACGGUGGCGGCCGCAGAGCAAGCCGACCUCAAGAACAUGUUGCUGAAGAACAGCGUCGCCGGGGGAGCAGGCGGCCAGGCAGGAGAUGCAGCCAACAGCCACGAGGCCAGCGGGGGCGAGGAGGAGCUGGACAACUCUGAGCCGAUGUAUGCCUGCGACAUUUGUGGCGCGGCGUACACCAUGGAGUCCCUUCUUCAGAACCACCGGCUGCGAGACCACAACAUCCGGCCAGGAGACGACGACGCGGGUUCGCGGAAAAAGAAAGCAGACUUCAUCAAGGGCAACCACAAGUGCAACAUCUGUUCCCGGACAUUCUUCUCUGAGACCGGACUUCGCGAGCACGCUCAGACGCACCGCGGCCCUGCCAAACACUACAUGUGUCCGAUAUGUGGCGAACGAUUCCCUUCCCUGUUAACCCUCACAGAACACAAGGUGACCCACAGUAAGAGCCUGGACACAGGAACCUGUCGAAUCUGUAAGAUGCCGCUGCAUAGCGAGGAGGAGUUUAUAGAGCACUGCCAGAUGCACCCUGACCUCAGAAACUCCCUCACGGGCUUCCGCUGUGUAGUCUGCAUGCAGACCGUCACCUCCACCCUGGAGCUUAAGAUCCACGGCACUUUCCACAUGCAGAAACUCUCCACCGGCUCCACUCUUGGACCAACCGGAGGGGGACUAGGGAACGCAGCAGGAAACGGCUCGGCGUCUUCCUCCCCCAACGGGCAGCUGCAGCAGCACAAGUUUUAUAAGUGUGCUUUUUGUCUCAAGGAGUUUAAGAACAAAGGGGAGCUGGUGAAGCUGGACGUGAACGGCCUGCCUUAUGGCCUCUGUGCCAGCUGCAUGAGCAGGGGCACUAACGGCCAUAGCCCCAACCAAGGAGGGGCUCUCACACCAGGGGACACGCAGGGGGAGAAGCCUGUGUCCGGGCUGAGGUGUCCUGAGUGUGGGGUGAAGUUCGAAAGCGUGGAGGACUUGGAGAGUCAUGUCCAGACCGAUCACCCCGAUGUCAGCCCUGAAAGCUCAGCCGGGAAAAAGGCCGAGGCUUCACCCGCUCCUAAGAAAAAGACCUACCAGUGUAUUAAGUGCCAAAUGACGUUUGAGACCGAGCGGGAGAUCCAGAUUCAUGUUGCAAAUCACAUGAUCGAAGAGCCCACCUGUCGGCAAGAGGAGGGCAUCAAUCACGAGUGCAAGCUGUGUAACCAGAUGUUUGACUCACCUGCCAAGCUGCUCUGCCACCUGAUAGAACACAGCUUCGAAGGCAUGGGAGGUACCUUCAAGUGUCCCGUCUGCUUCACAGUGUUUGUACAAGCCAACAAGCUGCAGCAGCACAUCUUUGCUGUCCACGGUCAAGAGGACAAGAUCUACGACUGCUCCCAGUGUCCUCAGAAGUUCUUCUUUCAGACUGAACUGCAGAACCACACACUGAGUCAGCACGCGCAGUGAGACCCGAGGCCCGGCAGGAUCUCUCGGCUAAGUCGGGGCCCCCGACCCGGCGCCGGCGGGGGACCUACAUCUCCACAUCACAGCCAAUCAAAGUGUCAUUUGCCACUCACAUGUAAAAGUGUAACGAUCGCACCGCCGGGUGUGGCUAUUAGCAGCAGCGGGGGGGGGGGGGGCGGAAUAUUAAUGGGAGACGCUAUUAAAUAAAGCGGCGCCGCAGCCCGUGACGGCGAGGGGAGAGGAGUAAAACAAGGUAUUGUACGUGCAGUAUUUCAACGGUCACACGCAUUCUGUUACCAUGUGGAUUGUUAUUUUUUUAACAGAUAAAAAAAAAAAAAAACUUUUUGUUUUUGGACCAUGCAGAAAAUGUUCUCUUCCCUGAUAUUAUUUUCUUCUUUUCUAUUCCUACCUUUAAGUUCCCGCGUCAGUAGGUACUCGUGCCGUGUUGUGAUGGUCUGCCAGUCGUGACUUUCUUCUCAGUUCUCCUCCUCUCUGUGAUUAUUGUUAUAUAUAUUUCUUCCUUUUUUGUAAUUACUAUAAAAAAAAAAAAGACAAAGGAACAAAUUAAAAAGCAAAAAAAAAAUUAAAAACUACGUUUUCUUUUUUCUUUUCCUUUUUUUUUUUCCAGGAUUGGGUUUUCCAGUCUUUAUGGGGCCUAUAAUGAUUAUUGUAAAAAAAAAAAAUUUAAAAAAAAUUAAUAUCAGCAAUUUCUGCGCGUCUGGUCAAUGGCUGAUUUUUUUGGUAAUUAACCAGAUUGCAAUAAUAUAGUACUGACCAAAAAAAAAAAAAAAAAAGAUAAAAAGAAAUAAAUACAUGACAAACAAAGAUGCUUUUGUGUGGUGUUUAUGGAUGCAUUUUAAUGCAGAGAAAAUUCACACUUCUCACAUUUUAUAUUUGAAGCCUAACAAACGUGACAAUAACAUUUGACAUCAACUUUAUUAGUGAAUUAUAUUUAUAUAGCGCUUUUCUCUAGUGACUAGUAAACCAGUGUGGGUGGCACUUGGAGCAGGUGGGUAAAGUGUCCUGCCCAAGGACACAACGGCAGUGACUAGGAUGGCGGAAGCGGGGAUCGAACCUGGAACCCUCAAGUUGCUGGCACGGCCCAUUCUAAUUUCUACAUAACUCCAUUUUGCUGUCAUGUUUUGUUUUCAUGAUUUAUUCUUGUUAUAUUCCCAUGUAGUCUCUUGAGUACUUUCCAACUUUAUAGGUCCUGGAGUUGCACAAUCCAAAUAAUUUGUUGAAUAUUGUUUGUAGUUUGUUCCAAAACGUCAAAGACCCAAUCGUGUGAGAACUAAAGGAAUCGGCCCUAUAAAAAAAAAAAUCACAAAAAUCCAAUUAAUCCAUUUCAAACACUGCAAAAAUGUUAAUAUUUAUAGUUGCACACAAGUCAAAUGUGUAAAUGAACAUUUUAUGGACUGUGGUGCCAUUUACUUAUAUUAUUCAGUAAAGUCCAUUACCUUCUUUAACAAAUUGCUCGCACUCACAACUUUCUUUGGCCCCAUAGUGCUUUCUUUUCCGGUUCUAAAAAGGAAUGUAUGAAAAGUGGGGCAUAUACCUAAACCAAAACCGAAACUGUGUGAACACUAAAGGAAUCGGCCCUAUACAAAAAAUCCCAUGAAUCCAUUCCGAACACUGCAAAAAUGUUAAUAUUUAUAGUUGCACACAUGUGCAUAUAAAUAAGUGAAAUGUGUAAAUAAACAUUUAACUUUUAUUGAAGACUUGUUGGAAAAUAAUUAGCAGAGACAGACUGUGGUGCCAUUUAUUUCUAUUAUUCAGUCAAGUCUCUUACAUUCUUUAACAAAGUGCUCGCACUCGCAACUUUCUUUGGCCCUAUGGAAAAGAAGGUAUUCUUUUCCAGUCCUAAAAAGGAAUCUAUAUGAAAAGUGGGGCAUAUACGAAAACCAAAAUCGAAACUGUAGAAACUAAAGGAAUCGGCCCUAUAAAAAAAAAAUCACUAAAAUAUAAUUGAUUUAUUCCAAACACUGCAAACAUUUUUAUAUAUAUAGUUGCACACAUAUACAUAUAAAUGAUAAGUGAAUUGUGUAAAUUAAACUUUUAUUGAAGACUUGUUGGAAAAUAAUUAGCAGAGACGGACUGUGGUGCCAUAUAUUCCUAUUAUUCAGUCAAGUCCCUUACCUUCUUUAACAAAUUGCUCGCACUCGCAACUUUCUUUGGCCCCAUAGCGCUUUCUUUUCCAGUCCUAAAAAGGAAUCUAUGAAAAGUGGGGCAUAUACGAAAACCAAAAUCGAAACUGUGAAAACUAAAGGAAUUGGCCCUAUAAAAAAAAUCACUGAAAUAUAAUUGAUUUAUUCCAAACACUGCAAAAAAUGUAUAUUUAUAGUUGCACACAUGUACAUAUAAAUGAUAAAUUAAAUGUUUAAAUUAAACUUUUAUUGAAGACUUGUUGGAAAAUAAUUAGCAAAGACGAACUGUGGUACCAUUUAUUUUUAUUAUUCUGUCAAGUCCCUAACCUUCUUUAACAAAUUGCUCGCACUCGCAACUUUCUUUGGCCCCAUGGAAAAGAAGGUAUUCUUUUCCAGUCCUAAAAAGGAAUGUAUGAAAAGUGGGGCAUAUACGAAAACCAAAAUCGAAACUGUGAAAACUAUUUUUUUUUUAAAACUAAAAUAUAAUUGAUUUAUUCCAAACACUGCAAAAAUGUUUAUAUUUAUAGUUGCACACAUGUACAUAUGAAUGAUAAAUUACAUGUGUAAAUGUAACUUUUAUUGAAGACUUGCUGGAAAAUAAUUAACAGAGAGAGACUGUGGUGCCAUAUAUUACUAUUAUUCAGUCAAGUCCCUUACCUUCUUUAACAAAUUGCUCGCACUCGCAACUUUCUUUGACCCCAUGGAAAAGAAGGUAUUCUUUUCCAGUCCUAAAAAGGAAUGUAUGGAAAGUGGGGCAUAUACGAAAACCAAAAUCGAAACUGUGAAAACUAUUAAAAAAAAAUCACUAAAAUAUAAUUGAUUUAUUCCAAACACUGCAAAAAAUUUUAUAUUUAUAGUUGUACACAUAUACAUAUGAAUGAUAAAUUACAUGUGUAAAUUUAACUUUUAUUGAAGACUUACUGGAAAAUAAUUAGCUGCGAGAGACUGUGGUGCCAUUUAUUUCUAUUAUUCAGUCAAGUCUCUUACGUUCUUUAACAAAUUGCUCGCACUCGCAACUUUCU